AUGAUUUACCCAAACUGUACACACUGCAACCAGCAUGACCUGCAGCUUAACUAUUCUCGCGAUGGGUAUCCUGCACUUGCCGCUUGGAUGGGACACGAUCCCGACGGUGAUGCUAUUGUUUUUCGCAAGUUUGGUCGACUAGGCGCGUGCAACAUUCUUCAUCUGCAGAAUAAGCUUAUGCAGCUCGAGUCCGAUAUUCAUAAACUGGAUGAUGAAGCACGAAGAAGCUCUAAUCUGGAAUCUCGUCAGGCUUCGCGACAAUGGGAAAAACUGGUGGAGCUUGCCGAAAACGGAUCAGAACUUGAGCAGAAACGUUUGGUACAGAUGGACGAACUCGCAAUUCAAAUGAAGAAGUACCCACAAAUCGCCAACGUGAACCGGCCCAGCGUCCUAACAGCGUGCCGUGACUAUGUUGCGGGGGUGGCAGGAAAAUCAGUUCCUAUCGUGACUGGCUCGACGAAAUCCAUGUUUGAGGACGAAAACGACGUGGUAGCCUUGCGAAAGCCGGCGGACGAAGACUUCCUCUCCAAAUUAUUGCAAGAUCAUUGGCCUUUUCAGAAGCGCGCCGAAAAUGACCCUUUUGGCCAUACAACCGUCUACAAAGGCCACCAUAUUGCCUGGACGGUCGCUGCUAUUAGCAUGCUCUGCGCUGCGAUCCCUUUGGCUGUUGCCAUUGUCAGCCUGUACAUUGUUAGCAGCCCAACUGCAAAGCUGGGCAUGGUGGUUGCGUAUACGGUUAUAUUUGCUCUCAGCAAUGCAUUGUUGACCAAUGCCCGCCGGGCAGAGAUAUAUGGCGCUGCAGCUGCCUAUGCUGCAGUGUUAGUUGUAUUUAUUUCGGGGAAUGUUGGAGGAUCCCAGUCUGAGCAGUGUCUGAUGCAGCUGGGCAAUGGUCUUUUCAAGACUGUGCAUUGUCCGAGCUGA